CCUGAUCAGCAGUAGAGCCAAAGGAAACCACGGUAAACGAAAACUUCAUUUUCAUUUCUUUUACCAUUUCCUCUCUCGAUGUCUCGGUGACUUCGCCGGAGAUCGCCUAGACGGAAAAUUCGAGGUCGUCACCGGGGGAAAUGGAGUGUGCGGGCACCGGUGAGGUUCUGAACCGUAGUUGCAUAGCCGUAGCUUAUUUCGGGAACCCUAAACGAUUCUGCUAACCCUAAGCAAAAGCGACUUUGCUUAGAAGAGUUUGGAAGUUAUUCCAUGCUUUGUCUCGCAAAUCGGCAGCAAAAAUCUAUAUAAUAAGGGAAGAUAAAGGUACCAGUUUUAGCUCGAAGUCUCUCGAAUUUCGAUAAAAUACAUCGAUUUUUGGCGAAAUUCAAUUUCGGUUUCUGUGAUCACAUCGCUGUGUUUUUUGUAAAUCAAUGUAUGUGAGUCUUGCGUUUUGGUGGUGGUGUUACAUAAGUGGAGUUUUUGAAAUUAGAAAUAAUUAGGGUUUAGGUGUGUAUUAUCAAUUGAAAUUUGAGGAAUAUCCAGAGGUUAAGCUUUGAAGAUGGAGAAGAAAAGUUGAUAUAAAGAUAGCGGUAGAAGUGUGGGAAUUUUCAUGAUCGUCAUGCCUUUUCCGAUGAAGAUCCAGCCAAUUGACUCGUAUACACAUGAAGAAUCGCUACGGUGCGAGACUGUUAAGCCGGUGGUGAAGUCGCGGCUCAAGCGGCUGUUGGAGCGGCAGUUCCCGAGCGUUCUGAGGAUUAAUGCGGUGGAGAAGACCAGCGUUGAGGAGUCGCAUUUCAGCAAAGAUGGCAUCUCCACCGAGUUCGAGCCCAGCUCAGUUUGCCUAGCGAAGAUGGUUCAGAAUUUCAUCGAAGAGAGCAACGAGAAGCAAUUGCCUCCGGUUAGGUGUGGCCGGAAUCGCUGCAAUUGCUUCAACGGGAAUUGUACGGACAUCUCGGAGGAUGAAUUCGACUUUUACGGGGGCGGUUUCGGUGACUCUACUCUCACAUCAUCAGGCGAAGCAUGCGAAAUUCUAAAGAGCCUGGUUCCUUGUGCUAGUAUUCGUGAAAGAAAUCUAUUGGCGGACACUGCCAAGAUUGUUGAGAAGAACAAGAUCUGCAAGCGAAAAGAUGACUUUUGCAGAAAGCUCGUCACUGACGGUUUACUAGCUCUCGGUUACGAUGCGUCAGUCUGCAAAUCUCGUUGGGAGAAAUCGUCCUCUUAUCCCGCCGGAGAAUAUGAGUACAUAGACGUGAUCGUGGAAGGGGAAAGGUUGCUGAUCGACAUCGAUUUCAGAUCAGAAUUCGAGAUCGCUCGCUCGACCAAAUCAUACAAAGCAAUCCUCCAAACACUGCCCCACAUAUUCGUGGGCAAACCGGAUCGUCUACAGAAGAUCAUCUCGAUCGUGUCGGAGGCUUCGAGGCAGAGCCUGAAGAAGAAAGGCAUGCACUUUCCUCCCUGGAGGAAGGCCGAGUACGUCAAAUCCAAAUGGCUCUCUCCUUACACCAGAACCACACCAACCUCAAUACUGACUCCGACCAAUAAUUCCGAGACCCACCCCAAGAGUGAUAAAAAUCAAGCCUUGAUCCCAACCAAGAGCUCCUCCGGCGAGCUGGAUAUAAUUUUCAGGGAGGACAACUCUGGUCCCGACGAUUCCAUGUUUGUACUGUCAGAAAGCUCCGUGGAAGAAGAGAAGACGGAAAACACAGCAGCGGCGAAGCAAUGGAACCCACCAGAGAUCAAACCCAAGAAGAGUCUGCAGAUCGCCGGCAAUAUCGUAACUGGUUUCGCUUCUGUUAUUAGAGAUGGGCCUUGAAAAAUUUUGAUUUUUUUUUUAAUUUUUUUUUUUUUUUUUUUUACUUUUUCUGGUUCCGAGAAUCAGAUAUCGUAUAUGGUAUAUAACCUUUGAAUCCCCUUCUCCUUUUUGUUUGUAAGGGUCUGAUCUACUAAUAUGAAUAAUAAUAAUAAUAGAAAAAACUAAAAUAGCGCAAAAAAAAAAAAAAAAAAAUCAUUCCUCCCCCUUUCCCUUUUUUUUUUUUUUUUGUGGGUUUUUUUGUAAGGGUUUGAUCCAUUAAUAUGAAUAAUAGUUUGAAUUUUUCCCUUUUCUCA